AACGAACACUUGUACUAAAGCUAUGAAAGAAGGAACAGCGCUGAAAACAACUAUCUUGGCUGUUCCAUAGCCUCUACUUAUAGCGAUUCAGACUGCAUUUUAAAGCACGGUAAUCUAGUGCCAAUUUUACCAGCUCCAGCUCGUUGAAAAUGGGAAAAGGCGGGAAAUCUCACGAGGAGGAAGAAGAAAACAUGGCGGCUUGGCUUGUGGGUAUCAACACCCUCAAGAUUCAGCCAUUCAAGCUCCCUCCUCUUGGACCCCAAGAUGUGAGAGUAAGGAUGAAAGCUGUUGGCAUCUGUGGAACUGAUGUUCACUUUCUCAAGACAUUGAGGCUCGCCGAUUAUGUGGUGAAAGAACCGAUGGUGACCGGGCAUGAGUGUGCUGGUAUCAUAGAUGAGGCCGGCAGUGAAGUCAAGAAUCUAGUUCCCGGCGACCGAGUGGCGUUGGACCCUGGGAUCAGUUGCUGGCGGUGUGAUCUUUGCAAGGAAGGUCGAUACAAUCUAUGUCCUGAAAGGAAGUUGCUUUCCAUGCCACCGAAUCAUGGUGCUCUUGCUCGUCAGAUAGUGCGUCCUGCAGAUCUGUGCUUCAAACUGCCGGAUAAUGUGAGCUUUGAAGAAGGGGCAAUGUGUGAGCCCCUGAGUGUAGCGGUUCAUGCUUGUCGUCGAGCCGAUAUCAGUCCAGAAACCAAUGUGUUGAUCGUGGGGGCAGGACCAAUCGGUCUCGUCACAUUGCUGGCAGCUCGGGCUUUCGGGGCACCUAGAAUUGUCAUUGUCGAUGUGGAUGAACAUCGACUAUCUGUUGCUAAGGGUCUCGGUGCUGACGGAGUCAUUAAAGUUUCAACUGAUAUGCAGGACAUACCCGAGGAAGUCGAAGCAAUACGUAAAGCGAUGGGAACAGCAGUGCAUGUAAGCUGUGACUGUGUAGGUUUUAGCAAAACAAUGUCGACUGCUCUGAGUGCCACUCGAGCCGGUGGCAAGGUUUGCCUUAUCGGACUCGGCCACAACGAGAUGACCGUCCCUCUGACUCCGGCUGCAGCCAGGGAGAUUGAUGUCGUCGGGUGUUUCACAUACACGAAUACUUGGCCUCUGUGCAUCGAGCUUCUAAGAAGCGGUAAGGUCGACGUGAAGCCGCUGAUAACUCACAGGUUCGGGUUUUCUCAGAAAGAGGUCGAAGAAGCUUUCGAAACCAGUGCUCGUGGCGGCAAUGCCAUUAAAGUCAUGUUUAAGCUGUGAUCUCAACCAGAUUAAAGGCACUACUCGUAAGUGAAUAUUAAAGUAGGUUUGGAAGCAAUAAAACUGAUGCCUAUUCAGAUAAAGCAGCAGCAUAAUGAGAGUGGCGACUAUCUAUGUAGUAUAUCCUGGACUUUUCCAAGACCUGUUAUUGUAUGUGUAACAAAUUUGACGCUUUCAAAGCUCCAAAACCAAGGCUUCAUUUCUUAUUCAA